UCUAAUCCUCUGCUCUCUCUCUGUGUGAGGGUGUUGGAGGGACUAUAAAGAAAAAUAAAAUCCCCAGGAUUUGCUCGGGAAGAAGUUUAUCACAAACCAGCACAGCUAAACUGUGAGACAGAGUUAGGACUCUUACAACAACUCAUGAAGCAGCUUUGUUACCAGCUCUAAAAGAUCCCUGCUGUUGACGUUAUAGUUAAGACAAGGUCUCAGCGUGGACAUGGCCUCAGAGAUCCACAUGCCAGGCCCAGUGUGCCUCAUUGAGAACAUCGAAGGGAAACUGGUGGUUAAUCAGGAAGCUUUGGGGAUCCUCUCUGCCUUCACCCAGCCCCUUGUCGUGGUGGCUAUUGUGGGCCUCUACCGCACUGGCAAAUCCUACCUGUUGAACAAGCUGGCUGGAAGGAAUGAGGGCUUCUCUGUUGGAUCCACGGUGCAGUCUCACACCAAGGGAAUCUGGAUGUGGUGUGUGCCUCAUCCUGCGGAGCCAAACCACACCCUGGUUCUGCUUGACACCGAGGGACUGGGAGAUGUAGAGAAGGGUGACCAGAACAAUGAUACUCAGAUCUUUGCACUGGCAAUACUAUUGAGUAGUACCUUUGUUUACAACACCAUGAACAAAAUUGACCAGAGGGCUAUCGAUCUAUUGCAUUAUGUAAUAGAACUGUCAAAUCAUCUCAGGACAGUAUCUCCACCUGAUCUUGAUGGGGUUGAAGAUGCAGCUGAUGCUGUGAGCUUCUGUCCAGACUUAGUGUGGACUGUGAGAGAUUUCUACCUAUCCCUGGAAGCAGAUGGGAAACACAUCACAGCAGAUGACUACCUGGAGAACUCGUUGAAGCUGAAAGAAGACACUGAUGAAAAUCAUCAAAAUUUCAAUUUGCCCCGUCACUGCAUACAGACAUUCUUUGCAAGAAAAAAAUGCUUUGUCUUUGACUCGCCCAUUCACCGGAAGAAGCUUGCCCAUCUUCCAACACUGCAUAACGAUGAACUGGAUCCUGACUUUGUGCAACAAGUGGCAGAUUUCUGUUCCUACAUCUUUCACCAUUCCAAGACAAAAACUCUUUCAGGAGGCAUCAAGGUCAAUGGACCUCGUCUAGAAAACCUGGUGCUGACCUAUGUCAAUGCCAUCAGCAGUGGGUAUCUGCCCUGCAUGGAGGAUACAGUCUUGGCCUUGGCCCAAAUCAAGAACUCCACUGCAGUACAAAAGGCCAUUGCCCACUAUGACCAGCUGAUGGGCCAGAAGGUGCAGCUGCCCACGGAAAAUCUCCAAGAGCUGCUGGACCUGCACAGGACCAGUGAGAAGGAAGCCAUCGAAGUCUUCAUCAAGAAUUCCUUCAAGGAUGUGGACCGAACGUUCCAGAAGGAAUUAGAGACCCUGCUGGAAGCAAAAAAAAAUGACUUUCGAAAGCAGAACUUGGAGGCAUCAUCAGAUCGUUGCUCAGCUUUACUUCAAGACAUUUUUGGUCCUCUGGAAGAAUAUGUGAAGCAGGGGGUUUAUUUAAAGCCUGGAGGGUACCGCCUCUUCAUUCAGAAGAGAGAAGAGCUGAAGGCAAAGUACUAUCAGGAGCCCAGGAAAGGAAUACAGGCGGAAGAAGCUCUGCAAAACUAUUUACUGUCCAAGGAGUCUGUGAGUGAUGCCAUUCUACAUACAGACCUGGUUCUUACCGAGAAGGAAAAGGAGAGGAAAGAAGCAUAUUUGAAAGCAGAGGCUGCAAAGGCUAAACCAGGAAGGUUGGAGGAGAUUAAAAGGCAGAACCAGCAAAUGAUGGAGAGGGAGAGACAGCAUCAGGAGCAACUGAGACAAAUGGAGAUAAACAGAACCCAACAGCUGUCACAGCAACAGAUGGCUCUGGAACGUCAGCUCCAGGAAAAGGUGGCAAAGCAGAGGGAGAGAGAAGAAGCUGAAAUAAGAAAACUUCGGAAUGAGUUGCAGCAACUACGGCAAGCAAAAUCAUGAAAUGAUGACUGUAUCUUAUUCUAAAGCUAAACAUCUGAACUUCUUUUCAUGUUCACUUUUCACUGAAGAUAGAAAGAAACAAGAAAGCAUAAAAUGUGGGACAAUUACCAUUUAAA